AUUUUUACAAAAAAAAAAAAUAAAAUUAAUAUAAAAUCCAAACUAACAACCCCCACAAAAAUUUUGCCAUCCAAAUCCCAUAAUGGGAAUUAACGUUCAUAUAAUAAACAUUGCGUAGGAAAUAAUUUUCAAACCAGUCCAAAAGCAAGUCGAGGUUGUAUUUUGCAUAUCCUCGAGGCUUAUUUUAUUUUUUCUUCGAACAAAUGUUCAAUUUCAUCAAAUACUUGUCGAUAUAAAGUUGUGUUACAAGAAAGCCCACACGAAAAAAAUUAAAAAAUCAAACCCAGUUCAAUUACCCUCUUUACAACAAGAAACUUCACUUUUACAAAGUUUUUAUUUUCUGCAACAAAAAAAAAUGCACAUUUUGUCACUAAAAGAUAAUAAUUCCUCUGAAUAAUCAUAAAAAAAGCUUCAAAAUAAAACUUCAAAUUUUUGUUGUCAUAUUUUUGUUUGUUUAAAUCAAACAAAGGCUUACCUCCAAUAAUUCUAAAUACAAAAAAUCUACGCAAAGAAUAACACUCACACACACAAACUUUUUACCUUGCAAUCAAGAUUGUAUCUUUGUAUCUCGAAAAAAUAAAAAAAACCUCACAUGGAUCGAUCUUAAAUUUGAUGACUAUAUAGCUUUAGCUCACAACAAACUCGUCGUAGUUGGUUAGUUUGUUGGUUGGUCGGUUGCUUAGGUGAGUCUGUGUAUAGUCUUGAAAAGUAGGUAUGCCUCAGUUGCUAACACACUUCGUGAUCGUGAAGGUUCGUCGUCGAUAUUAAUUUUGUAGAUUUUCACGCGUUGAGUUUACAAAAAAAAAAAACAACAAAAUUAACAUAAAUCAUGUCAUUUUUGCGAAAAGUUCGAAACUCAAUAUCUCGUGGUAAUAGUUCAACACGUGAUAGCACUCCAAAUAGUCGUCGUUCUUCAUCGAUUGAAAGUCACAAUAACAACAACAAACGUAGAGAUUCAAUUGAAUCUAAGCCAGGUGAAGGCUUACAACGAAGUGAAACCUUCACUAUUGAAAAUGAUAAAGAAUCAAUUUUGAAAAAAGCCAAACCUACAAAGAAACAAAAAGCUUUUAAUAAAUUUGGAACCUACACAAGAGCUAGAAAAACUCCAGAACCUCCUGAACCAGCAACAGCUGUUGAAGAAGUCAACGACAAUACUUACUAUUCAUGGAAAUCAGGUAUUGUAGCUGAUCCUGCUGAAGCUGCUCGGGACCCUUUCAAUGUUUUAUAUGAACAACCAUCAAGCUUACAAUCGGAUCUUUCUGGUUACUCAGAUAGUAGCUGUAGUCGUAAGCAAGGAUUCUCCGAUAAUAAUAAUCGUAAGCAAACACAACCUAUUGAUAGUUCAACUUUCAAAAAGAAUCGUGUGUCAAGACAGCUGAGGGAACAAUUGGAACAGUUGAAAAAUCCUCCAGAAAUUUCUGAAGAAAUUGAAAAUGACCCGGAGAAAUUCCGUACCAUUACUAUCAAUAGUUUUCGUCGAUCUUUUCGUGAAAAAUUUCUAGCGAAACAAAAUGAAGUUCCACAUAAUCCGUCAUGGUUUGUGGGAGUUGAUCCGCCACCAGAAGAAGGAAGAACUGAUGAAGACAAAGAUCGAAGCUCACAGCAGGACAAAUAUGUUUAUGAUAAUGAAAGUUACCGGCCGACAUCACGAUCACCAGUAAGGAUCAGAACUCCCUUACAAAAUAUGUACUCAGUUGGGAAUAUAUCUCCGACUCGAAGUAUGCCACCGGUUAGGAACAUCUCCCCGGUUAGAGACAUGUCUCCGGUGAGAGAUGUGGUACCGCCUAUUCGGCCAGCUCGGACAAAUGCCAUAUCUUCUGUAAGACGAACAGAAACUUGCCGGAUUGAACGACCACCCGUAGGUCCAUCAGUCCGAAUUGAGAUUAAGAAUUCCAUAACUCCAAAUCAACCUGGAAGAAUGGUGCCAGUGGGGGUAGCCAAGCCAAUGCCCUCACAAGUUGUUAAUCCCCAGCAACCAACUCGUAACAGUCGUUACGACUCACCAGGACGUGGUUGGAAUCAGCAGUCAUCUCAAAGAAAUCACGAAAAACAAGGUCGUUACCAGACUUGUAUCCAAAUAACCUCCAGUGACCCUACUUACCCCAUCAACAAAGAACCAACUCGUGUGAGAAUUUCUGGAAAUGAACGAUCACCUCUUCGAUAUAUUAAUUCGAAGAGAAAUGAUCAUCAUCAACAGCCAAUGAAGAAACAAAUAUAUUUCGGUGACAAUAUACCACCGCCAAUUAUGGAAAUGCAUGGUCCUGUUAAAUAUAGACAACAACAACAAUAUCAGUUAGAUGUUAACUCCUACAAUACACGUCCAUCGAGACCAACAUCCGGAAUAAUCAAUCGAAAUGAGCCCAACCGAUAUUAUUCCAACAUGACGCAAUCUGUUCCUAGACGUUCGCGAUCACCAAUUAAGGUGCCAUGGAGAUAGAGUUUGUGUGUGGGUGAACUUGGCUGGCUGGCUCUUAAACAUACCAACCAAUAACACAGUGCAUUAAGUUAAGACUGUUCGCUUACAAAAAAAAGAAAAUCAAUUUGAUGUCUUGCCAUUUCCUUCGAAUCAUUUAUCAUUUAACAAUAACAUUUUUUUUUUAAAUAAAAAAUUAUAUCGAAUAUACUAAGAAAAUGAGGUGGUUUUUUCUGUUAAGUCAAAAGAUUUUAUUUAAAGUUUGAUUGCUUCAUUUGAAUUUCGCCUUCAUACCGGUACUUUUGUACAUGAAAAUAAUUGUUGUUUGAUAUUAAUAUUUGUUUUCAUUCCAAAACAAAAAAAAAUUACUGGUUUAUGCCGCAGGCAAUUUGACGUUAAUUUAAGUUUUUUUUUACUUCUGGUGGGCAUUGUUUCGUUUGUUUGUUGUCAGUUAUUUAUUAUUAAAAUGAGAUCAUGGAAGUUAUAUUUACUAAUUCAAUCAUAAAUGUGGGUAGUUUUAUAGCAAAUUAGAGAAACUGUUUGUUUUGAAGUCUUUUUAGUUUAUAAAAUAUUCAAAACCAGCAAACAGAUGUUGGUAUUUUGUUCCCAUGUUUGUUGUAAGGCACAUGCCUGAAAUACCAUACCAAUUUUAGGGUUCUGAGUAAUUCUUGGGCAUCUGGUUGAGUGCAAGAACAUGAUUCUAAAGUAUAAGUAAAAAAAUAAGCUCAUGACUUUUGACUUUAAAGGUCACCAUAUUAGUUUUAAUGUGGCGUCACAAUUCCAAUGACCAGCAAAUAAGCAAGAUGCUUCCAAAAGAAAAUCAUUUGUCAAAUUACGAUGGUUAUUUUAGAAGUUAUGAUAGAACAGAUGACCAUACGGCAUACAUAUAUAGAUAUACAGACUAAGAGUGGUGCGCAAAAUAAUAGGUGUAAAAACGAAAUUUUUUUAAAGGCUUUGGUUUCGUUGGGAAAUAUAUCUCACCAUUCUUUCAUGGGGUUGUCGUUGUUUCACGUUCAUCCAGUAGUUUCGUUUGAUGUAUCAACUCUUUUAGGGUACCGUUGUCAAUUUCACUAAUAAAUAAUAAUAAAAGUUAUUAGUUAUAAAGAAGCUCAACUUAUUUUAUUCAAAAGGAAAAUGUAAAAAAUAAAAUGCACGACUUGACACGUACUUGCUCUUAUGCUAAAAGUAACUCUAAUGUUAAAGCUUUUUAUUCAAGAAAAUUAGGAAAAAUUUAAAAUUUGAUAUUUUCAAGAAAUUUCAUAAGAGUAUUAGUGUAUAAAAAUAAAAUCUGUUUUUAUAAUAGAUUAA